GCCAUAUGCACACAUGCCACUUUGGAUUCAGGAGGCUUGAUCAGCAGCCGCAAGUUCUGUUUUUCUGCAAGUGUCACAGAAAAGCAUCAAAAUGAGGCUAGUUUUGUGGCUUUGGUUCCUGCUGUUUUCCACAUUAGUUUGGUCAUCUUGGAGUUUGAGUUCAGAUGGUGCAGCCCUUCUUGCUCUGUCCAAAAGCCUCAUACUGCCAAGGUCCCUAAGGUCCAACUGGAGUGCUUCUGAUGCAACUCCUUGUACAUGGAACGGUGUUGGUUGCAAUGGAAGGAACAGAGUCAUUUCUCUUGACCUAUCAUCAUCACAGGUUUCAGGAUCUAUAGGACCAGAUAUAGGGCGUCUGAAAUACCUGCAAGUUCUCAUUUUGUCUACUAACAACAUAUCUGGUUUGAUUCCUCUAGAAUUAGGCAACUGCAAUAUGCUUGAACAAUUGGAUUUGUCCCAAAACUUGCUUUCUGGCAAUAUACCAGCAUCAAUGGGCAACCUCAAGAAAUUGUCAUUACUGUCACUGUACUCUAACUCUUUGAAUGGAACAAUACCAGAGGAGUUGUUCAAGAACCAGUUUCUGGAGGAAGUGUACCUACAUGACAAUCAGCUCAGUGGUUCGAUACCCUUCGCGGUUGGUGAAAUGACAAGCCUUAAGUCAUUGUGGUUGCAUGAAAAUUUGUUGUCUGGAGUUUUGCCCAGUUCAAUUGGCAAGUGCACUAAGUUGGAGGAGCUGUAUCUACUCUAUAAUCAACUGAGUGGCAGUCUUCCAGAAACCUUGAGUGAGAUCAAAGGCCUCAGGGUUUUUGAUGCCACUAGAAAUAGCUUCACAGGCGAGAUCAAUUUCAGUUUCGAGAACUGCAAGCUGGAAAUAUUCAUCUUGUCAUUCAAUUAUAUAAAGGGAGAAAUUCCAUCAUGGCUGGUGAAUUGCAGGAGCUUGCAACAGCUUGGAUUUGUCAAUAAUAGUCUGUCUGGCAAAAUUCCAACUUCUAUUGGCUUAUUGACCAACCUCACAUAUCUUUUACUUUCACAGAACUCCCUGUCUGGGCCGAUUCCACCUGAGAUUGGUAAAUGCCGGUCGUUGACAUGGCUAGAGUUGGAUUCAAAUCAGCUGGAGGGCACUAUUCCUAAAGAGUUGGCAAAUUUAUGGAACUUAACGAGGCUCUUUCUCUUUGAGAAUCGUCUCAUGGGAGAGUUUCCUGAGAAUAUUUGGAGUAUCCAAACCCUCGAGAGUGUGCUUAUUUAUAGCAACGGAUUCACAGGGAAGCUGCCUUCAGUGUUAGCUGAGCUGAAGUACCUGGAGAACAUUACACUGUUUGAUAAUUUCUUCACUGGAGUAAUACCACAGGAGCUGGGUGUUAAUAGCCCCUUGGUGCAGAUAGAUUUCACAAAUAACAGUUUUGUUGGUGGUAUCCCACCAAAAAUUUGUUCAGGAAAAGCAUUGAGAAUUCUGGACUUGGGGUUUAAUCAUCUCAACGGUAGCAUCCCAUCCAAUGUUGUGGACUGCCCAAGUCUGGAGAGAGUCAUUGUCGAAAACAAUAACCUUGAUGGGUCUAUUCCGCAAUUUAAAAACUGUGCAAAUCUAAGUUAUAUGGAUCUGAGCCACAAUUCCUUAAGUGGUAACAUUCCUGCAAGCUUCAGCAGAUGUGUAAACAUUACUAAGAUAAACUUGUCAGAGAACAAGCUGUCUGGCGAAAUUCCAACUUUUCUCGGUUUAUUGAGCAACCUCAGAUAUCUUAUACUUUCUCAAAACUCUCUGUCUGGUCCGAUCCCUCGUGAGCUCGGAAACUUGGUGAAUCUGAAACGACUAAUUCUCAGAGAUAACAAUCUUAGUGGAUCAGUUAUGUAAUUCGAAGAUAGUUGUAAUGUUUUUUACUGA